AUGCGGCCGCCCAGCAUGUCCGGGCACUGUCUGCUCGCGCCCAUCCCCGAGUCCUCCUCCGAUUGCCUCCCGCCCAAGGACAUCAAGCUGGCCGUGCUGGGCGCCGGCCGCGUGGGCAAGAGCGCAAUGAUCGUGCGCUUCCUCACCAAGAGAUUCAUCGGCGAUUAUGAACCGAAUACAGGCAAGUUGUAUUCGCGGCUCGUCUACGUAGAGGGGGACCAGCUAUCCUUGCAGAUUCAGGACACCCCCGGGGGCAUCCAGGUCCAAGACAACCUCCUCCAGGUAGCUGAUCCUCUGUCCAGGUGCGUGCAGUGGGCAGACGGCUUUCUGCUGGUCUACUCCAUCACGGACUACGACAGCUACCAGGCCAUCCGCCCCCUUUACCAGCACAUCCGGAAGGUCCACCCUGACGCCAGGGUCCCCGUCGUCAUCGUGGGCAACAAGGGGGACCUUCUGCAUGCCCGGCAGGUGCAAACGCGUGAUGGCGUUCAACUAGCCAACGAGCUGGGCAGCCUGUUCCUUGAAAUUUCCACCAGUGAAAACUACGAGGACGUCUGCGAUGUGUUUCAGCACCUCUGCAAAGAGGUGAGCAAGUCGCACGGCGUCAGCGGGGACAGGAGGAGAGCCUCCAUCAUUCCCCGGCCGCGCUCUCCCAACAUGCAAGACCUCAAGAGGCGCUUCAAGCAGGCUCUGUCUUCCAAAGUCAAAGCCCCCUCUGCGCUGGGGUGA